AUGUUCAUAGCAACCCUCGAGAACGAAAUACGAAAGCUGGAAUGGGACGACCUGGGAGUAAAGGUUGACCCUCGGCAGCUACACCAUUUACGCUUUGUGGGUGACAUUAUACUGAUAAUAUCUGGCAUCAGCCAAGCGGAACGAAUGCUGACCGAAUUGAACGAGGCAUGUGAAGGGAUCGGCCUUCAGCUGAAUCUGCAAGUGACGAUGUUCAUGCGUAACGCAUGGAUCUCGGAUCAUCCAUUCACGCUCAACGGAAGGGACAUAUCCGUAUGCACUAGCCACGUUUUGGUGGGGAAAUAA